UAGCGAAAGAAGAAUUCGUGCUGUGUUGUUGCUUGUUUCAGGAGUAUCAUUGAUUGUCAUGGCGUCUGUUGUGUGUCCGGAUAUUUCCCGUCCCGGGUUUCAAUUUGAUAACUGCAGAAGGAAUGCAUUUCUUUUAAAAGAAGGCUUUGUUGCUCCAAAAGCCACGAAGACAGGCACGACGAUUGUUGGUAUAAUAUAUAAAGAUGGCGUUAUACUGGGAGCAGAUACUAGAGCUACCGAAGAUACAAUUGUGUCGGAUAAAAAUUGCUCCAAGAUACACUUUCUUGCACCGAACAUGUAUUGCUGUGGCGCUGGAACAGCAGCAGAUACGGAAAUGACCACGCAGAUGAUAUCUUCUCAACUAGAACUUCAUCGUUUGAAUACUGGACGAGUUGUUCCAGUUGUUACAGCGAAUCGCAUGCUUAAGCAGAUGUUGUUUAGAUACCAGGGCUACAUUGGUGCAGCUCUUGUACUUGGAGGAGUAGACAAUACAGGCCCACAUUUGUAUUGCAUAUAUCCUCAUGGGUCAUCAGAUAAGCUUCCAUAUGCUACAAUGGGCUCCGGAUCACUGGCAGCAAUGUCAGUUUUUGAAUCCAGAUGGAAACCAGAUAUGACGGAAGAAGAAGGCAAACAGCUUGUGAGAGAUGCAAUUGCAGCAGGUAUAUUCAAUGAUCUAGGAUCAGGAAGCAAUGUUGACUUGUGCGUCAUUCGAAAAGGCAGUGUUGACUACUUACGUCCGUAUGAUGAAGCCAACAUUAAAGGAAAGAGGCAAGCAACAUACGAUUUCAAGAAAGGAACUACUGCUGUUCUGUCUGCUGCAUCAUUUCCCAUUGAAAUUGAAGAAUUGUCUGUAAAUGUUAUUGAUCAUGGAGAAUCCAUGGAUACGUCAAGUUGAAUUCAAUGCCUUAAUUGUAACUGAAGAUUAAAAAACAAUAAAUAAGAAUUUUGUUAAACCUUCAA